AUGUUCUAUUCCGAGACUCUGCUGUCCAAGACAGGGCCGCUGGCCCGCGUCUGGCUGUCUGCCAACAUUGAGCGCAAACUGUCCAAGUCGCACAUUCUCCAGUCCGACAUUGAGAGCAGUGUCAGCGCCAUUGUUGACCAAGGCCAAGCGCCUAUGGCUCUACGACUUAGUGGUCAGCUGCUGCUCGGUGUUGUGCGUAUUUAUAGCCGCAAGGCGCGUUAUCUGCUCGACGACUGUAACGAAGCAUUGAUGAAGAUCAAAAUGGCAUUCCGUCUUACAAAUAACAACGACUUGACGACAACUGUGGUCGCGCCGGGUGGUAUUACCCUGCCCGAUGUUUUGACCGAGUCCGACCUUUUCACCAACCUUGAUACGUCUCUGCUGUUCCCUCAGAACCUGAGCCUGGAGCUGGAAGGCAAGCGGCCAGGUGCUAUGGAUUUUGGCAGCCAGCUUCUGCCUGAUAGCAGUUACCGCCGAUCCAUGUCUCAGGAGCCUGCCCGCCUCGAAGACCCCUCUUUGAUUGACCUGGAUCUGGAUCUCGGCGAGGAUGAACUCCCUCUUGGACUGGACCACAGCGUUGAAAUUGGUCGUGAUGCUCCUCCUGCUCGCCCUAUGGACGAAGAUUUGUUUAGUGAUUCCGGAAAACUCCACGACGCCGGUGACUUGGACCUCGAUAUUGGCGAUGCCCCUCUCGAAAAGCUUGACUUUGGCUCCGACAACGUGAACGACCCGCUUAUGGAUGAUGGCCCAAUGGAUUUCGGCGACGAUGCUGGAUUUGGCGGCGAGACCCCUCGCCCAGAAAGCCGUUUCGCGCGUGAUACCGAAAGCCCUCUUUCCGAUGCUGGCUCUGCUCAGAUGAACCUGCUCGAGGAAGAAUUCAACCGUGAGGUUACCCAAGAAGUCGAGACUCGAACUACCAAGCAUGCCCAGCGUGCCAAGCGUCAAAAGGUCAUUGUUGCCGACAAGGAGACCCAUUACACUUCCCAGGAGGUCAAGGCGAUUCAGGCUGAUCGCUCAGCUAUUAUGCAGCGCUCUUCUUUCUUGCCUCGUGACCCCGUCCUUCUUACUCUGAUGACCCGCCAACAGAACGGUAACUUUGUCUCUAGCAUCUUCGGUGAGGAGCGCAGCCAUGGCUGGGCCCCCGAGCUGCGCGAUCUCCUGUCUCUGGAUAACGUCAAGAAAGCCGGCGAGCUCAAGCGCAAGCGUGACAGUGGUAUCUCUGACAUGGAAAUUGCUGCUGAUGUUCCCGCGCUGGAUAUUGGUGAAGAUGAGGCUAUUGUUACCGUUGACGAGGGCAUUGGUCUUGACACUGGGUUGAACCUGCACUCCGAGAUCGACUUCCCGGGCGAUGAUGGUGUCCAGGAUCUCGCGCCUAUGAGCGAUGAUGGCAUGAGCGCCUCUAUUGAGGAUAUGGAUGACACUAUCCGCCCCGUUGACACCGAACCCGUUUCGAUUGGCACCAAGCAUGCUGUGCACAUCCUGCGCGAUUGCCUUGGUGACGUCUCCGCCGCUGAGCAGAAGAAGGCUGUCGUCUUCCAGGAUCUCCUCCCCGAGCAGCGCUCCAGCAAGGCCGAUGCCACCAAGAUGUUCUUCGAGGUCCUGGUGCUGGCCACUAAGGACGCCGUCAAGGUUGAACAGAACUCCAAGUGCAUCGGCUCUACCAUCAAGAUCCGCGGCAAGGAGGCUCUCUGGGGUUCCUGGGCCGAGGAGAACGCCGGCGGUGCCAUGAGCCAACUGUCCCAGCUUCUAUAA